CUUUCCUCCUUCCUCUUUCCUCUUUCCUCUUUCCUCUUUCCUCCUUCCUCUUUCAUCUUUCAUCUUUCCUCUUUCAUCGUCCAUCUUUCCUCUUUCCUCUUUCAUCUUUCAUCUUUUCUCUUUCCUCUUUCAUCUUCUAUCUUUUCUCUUUCCCCUUUCCCCUUUCAUCUUUCAUCUUUUCUCUUUCCUUUUUCAUCUUCCAUCUUUCUUCCUUCCUCUUUCCUCCUUCCUCUUUCCUACUUUCUCUUUUCUCUUUUCUCUUUUCUUUUUCCUCUUUCCUCUUUCAUCUUUCAUCUUUCAUCCUUCCCAUUUCCUCCUUCCUCCUUCUUUAUUCAUCAUUCCUCUUUCCUCCUUUCCCUUUUCUCUUUCCUCGAUGCCCAUUUCUACAGACGCCAGUCAGCACUCCGACCUCGGAGGUCGUUGCUCCUGCUUCUCCGCCGGCCAACGGCAAACCGGAGUCCGAGCCCCUUCCCGGGCCCCAGCCUGCAUCUGAGCCUGAGCUGGGACUACAGUCCUCUUUGCCACCGGUCGAGGCGCACAGCCCCAACACCGAUCCGGCCGGCUUGGCUGUGCCUGCGGCUGUGGCUGUGGCUGUCGCAGAACCGCUGGUUUCGCUGGUCGUCUGCCCUCCGGCGAGCACAGAAGCAGACCUCGUCAAGACCGAGACUGGCUCAGCUGAGCAUCAACCGAGUGAAGCUGACGCCUGCCUACAAAACCACUAUUCUGACCAAGUUGUGCCAGCAAAAACCGGUAAGCUGCCUACGCCUGGCGUCUCUUUACCAUUUGUUAUCAUUUACCAUUUAUUACUCAAACUGAAAUUGUACUCAUACUACUCACAAGUAGUUUGUGCACCGAGGCGUUGGUGCAAGCGAAUGCACACACCACACCCACCUCGAGCGUCGUCACUACAUGAUCCGUCCUUUUUCCCUCAUUUUCACAGUCGAGCUCGUCAUGGCGAUGGAGAAUGGGAAGCCUGA